UAGUAUCUCACAGGAUAUGAGGAGAUAUUUCCACAAAAAACAUUUCAGUACGGUAGAGCAGAGUGACUGCGUGAGCAGAAAGAUGUUCUCUGUCCUUCGGAUACCCGUAAUGACCAAGUCCAGGUUGAUGAACACCAUGCAGCAAUAUCACAAGUCAACCAUCUACAGCAAGCCACCAAAAGAAAGGAUUGGGCCAGUGCAAUCUGUCUUUGCCAUUUGUGUGUUUGCUGUGACUCUCUUGGGCCCGGCUGGAUGGAUCAUGCAUCACAUCCCAGAGUACCGGCAGAGAGCACCUCCACCACCAUGACUUCUGCAAGAACUCUUCAUUCAGGAAGCCACCUAUGCACAGUCAUUGCAUGUAGAUCUUUCCAGUGUGUAAAAUGUCAUGAAGUGAAGUAACACUUGAUGCUUUAAUUGUUUCCCAGUAUAAAGACUUUGUUAUUAGA